AUGUCGCCGUGUUUCGCCGGCUCCAAGCGCCCUCUCGAGAUGGUCCUUUACGACCCUGCCGCCGCGUCGCAGCAGCUCGCUAACAUGCGGGCGCGGCAGAAAGAGGAGGCCGCCGCCAAUUCGUCGUCGGCGGCGGCGGCGGCGUCAGGUGCGAUGGUUCCGCACGCGGGUACCAUCCUUGACGUCGCACCCAUCAACACCCUCCCGCCCCUGCUACGGCUGCCGGCCGCUGGCAGAGAAGAGCCGCCGUGCCUGCGCAGGCAUUUCCUCGUGGCGCUGGGGCUCCGCGCCGACCUGCCCGUGCACUUCAUCGACGACAAGUACGUGACGAGCACCGACCUGGACUCGCACCAGAACCGGUUCCGCAUCCCGAGCAACGGUGUCGAGCGCCACCUUCGCCCGCUCCUGAACCCGCAGGAGCUCUACGCCGCCAGCCUCCUCCACGACCCAUGCCCGGUGCCGAGGGCGAAGCGGCCGAGGCUGGAGCUGCAGCCUGGACCACCACCAGAGCCGCAGAAUAAUGCCGCCGCUGAGGGUCAGGGGAGCAGCUGCCGCCAGGCAAGAAGAUCAAGAAACCCAAGAAGAAGGGGAAGGUCCACGGCGGGCUGCGCGUGA